UCCUAUCUCUCUCCUGUCUUUCCUCUACCCCCCACCCUCUCUCUCGCUCUCCUGUACAUUUCCCUCUGUUUCUCGCCCCCUCCCCUAUCUCCAUACCUCCACCCUCCCCUCCCGAUCUCUGGCGUUCGCGGCAGACGCGGUAUAAACUGGGCACGCGAACUCGCCGCGUGCGGAGUGCGUGAGCCGCUCGCCGGGCCAAUGAGAACUCAAGGUCCGAGCGCAGAGAGAGGGGUCGGCUACUCUCACCCGUAGCGUGGCUCCUGCUCCUCCCCCCCCCCCACCACCAUCAUCAUCAUCGCCGUUCAUCACCUCCACAUUUAAAAGGCGAGAACCCAUCACCGCAAGGGGCGAGCGCGCUCCUGAUGGGAACCUCCGUCCACGCGUCUCCUUAAGAGGGGGGUCCCCAGCCUCCUCCUCCUCCACCACCACCCCUCAACCACCACCACCACCAACCUCAUCGACCUCCUCCACCGCUUCGCCAUCGUCGUCCACGAUGCCGCACGUCAACCUCCUCGUCGUGCUGCUCAUCCUGCCGGGCGUCUUCUCCAACUGCCUCUUCCUGGCCCUCUACGACGCCGUCUCGUUCCUGCGCCGCACGCUCCAGGCGUCGCUCACGCACUCGGCCAAGGGGCACGCGCAGCACCCGCGCAUGCUCACGGCGCAGGGGAUGCUCUCCGUGUGGCGCAGCUACGUGCUCGACGCACACAAGAAGGUCCGCCUCGGCGGGGAAGCCCCCAACUCCAGCGUGGUGGCGCUCGGAGGCCACUCGUCCUCAUCCCCUUCGUUCUCCUGCGCCGCCGCCUCUUCCUCCGCGCACGAGACGCUGACACCACGGACACCGGCAGAAGCAGCAGCGACCGUCACCACCAGCACCACCACCAGCUCAACCACCACGUCAAGCAGCGCCGCGUGCCGCCUCCUCGACUUCGCCAGAGAUCACCGCCCGCUCGUGGUCAACUUCGGCUCGGCCAGCUGACCCCCGUUCGUGGAGCAACUCGGCGAAUUCUGCGACCUCGUGCGCGACUUCGCCGACGUGGCCGACUUCCUGGUGGUCUACAUCGAGGAGGCCCACCCGUCCGACGGGUGGCCCGCGCCCGGCGGCCUCGAGGUGCCCCGGCACCUCGCCCUGGGGGACCGCUGCGUGGCCGCGUCCCAAUUGCGCGGCCUCAUGCCACCCCUCGGCCGUUGCCCCGUGGUGGCCGACGCGAUGGACAAUAACGCCAACAUCGACUACGGGGUGUCCUACGAGCGCCUGUACGUCAUCCAGGACGGCAGGAUCAGAUACCUGGGCGGCAAGGGUCCUUUCUUCUACAGGGUGCGCGAGGUGAAGUGUUUCCUGGAGAGCUUGAAGGCCUCCAGAUAAGGGCAGCACUCAGAACGGGGAAGCUCCCUACUUUUUUUUUUCCCCCUUUCUCGCUCGAUAUUUUACGGAACGCUUGCUAGGAACCUGGCUCGGAAUUUACGCCUUAUCGGCGUAAGGCACUACCACUAGAAUGCAGUAUACACCCAUCGAUAUAUAUAUAUAAAAAAAAUCCUCAUACUGUUUUACCCUAUAUUUGCCAUAAUCCUAUUAAAUAGGUUUAUAAGAGCGGGUUCGUUGGAUGGAUGUGGCGGGGUGCGAAAAUUAUUUCCGUACCAGGGUUCGGGACUUAUUCCGGGCUGAGGUUGGGCACUCGCUCGGCGUGACGUGUGGGACGGGGGCUGGGGGGUCGCGUUGUGGCGAGGCGUGAGCGAGUCCCGCACUUGGGGCUUUUCGUGUCGUUUUUGUGUCAAAGAGACAACGACGACGCGACGUCGUCUCUCUUUCUGUCUGCCUGUCUCUCUGUCUGUCUCUCUGUCUGUCUCUCUGUCUGCCUGUCUCUCUGUCUGUCUGUAUCUCUGUCUGUCUCUCUGUCUCUGUCUCUCUGUUUGUCUCUCUGUCUCUCUGUCUGCCUGUCUCUCUGUCUGUCUCUCUGUCUCUGUCUGUCUCUGUCUGUCUCUCUCUCUCUGUCUCUCUGUCUCUGUCUCUCUGUCUGUCUGCUGCUGCCCGUGGGCCACUGUAAGACGCAGUGCGUCCGAGUCGCAGUGUUUGUCAGAACGUCAUUUACCACGACUCGGCUCCUUGACGAUUUUGCCAAUAAUACUUCUCUCGUUCGCCUUAGUUUGAUCGAUUCCCGAUUGCGAAUUGCGUUGCAGCGCGCCCCCUGCACGCGCCGGAUGAUUGGUAGCCGCGCAGAGGCGCAUCCCGCUGCGGAACCGCGGCCGCUCGAGUUUGAUACGCGCUGGGCCAUGAGUCUCGAGUGAUCGUGUGAACACGUGGGACGUCUCGAGAGACGGAGAGACUUGGACAGUCUCUGUUGGGCAUUAAACACGGUCCACUCCAUUCAUGAUCGAAACUGGGUUUUUGUUUUUUUUUUGCUGCAAAAUAAUCCCAGAUUUCAAUAAAGCUCAACGCAUGCGUCAAUAGCACGGUGGCCUCAUAGGCGACGUUUCGGGAAAUGGCCCUUCUUCAUAGCACGUUAUUUUUUCAAUGAUUGUGAAAAGGGAGCGGAGUGGGGGGCAGUGGUUAGCGCACUGCAAUAUGAACCCGGCCACCCGAGUUCGAAUCUCGGGCCACGGCCAAAAUCAGUGGCGAGUUGAUCCCUGAACCGGUUCUUGGUGUCCUUCGCCCUCUUGACCAAUCGGCACUUACCGGCGAGGUGAAGUAUGGUCACGUAGGCCGCACGACUUGGCACGGCGUGGAGAGGCCUUAGUCCAGCAGUGGAUUGACAACGUACUGUCACAUGAAUGUAUUCUUAUUUUGUUUCAAACAAUGUGCCUUAAACUGACUGAGCAAUUGCACUGAACGUCACUCGCACUGCCUUCACUCGCGCGCCGCGUUUGCAACGCUCGGGAUGCAGACCACCCCCCCCCCCCCCCCCCGGCGUCUGCGUAAAAGAGCUUCACGGCUCAUCGGAUUCCUGCUGCAGUCUAAAUAAAGAUAAGGAGCCCAUCUCGACGAUGCCUCGCGGUACCGACGCCGUAGUUCUCGCUUAGUCGCCCUUAGCCGAGACGCGUGUUCAUCAUUCCAUUGCAUCGUACCAGAAAUCGAUCGCUCUCACCAUUCGUGAGCAGAUGUAGAAGUAUGCGUAAUAUCUGAAACAAAUGGACGUGCAAUGUUAAAUCACCCCCCCCCCCCCCGCUGCUCCCCCUCGUCCCGCCUCUCCGCCCGCGCAUCAUUAUAAAUUGAGUGGGGUAAAGUGUGGGUGCUCCUGCUUUCUCCAAGACGUUUGGCCAGCGUGUAAGAGGAGGCCAAAUACAACCCCCUUUGCGAGAGGCUGUCUCUCUCUCCAGAGCUCCCUCUGGGUUGAGCGGUCUCGUGAGCGGGUCAUUGCAGGGCUGCGCCUUUAUCUGUGCCCGUGUCGAUGAUGGUCUUCUCGGGGUCUUCAAGACCCGGCCACAGGACAAGGGGGAGAUAAUGUCAAGGCUGCAUUCCUUAACGGGGGGGGGGGGUAAACGUUCCCUGUUUUGUGUUUUUUUAUUCAAAAGGUGCCACUUUUGUAAUGAAUUUUCGCGAAAUAUUCAGAGAUCCUCUGAGUUUAACUCACCCCCCCCCCCCCCAGCGAACGAUAGAUCAUCAAGCCCAGCAGGCAGCAGCAGCAGCAGACCGCAUUGUGUCCCCAACGUUUUGACAGACGCUGUGUCGAAUCCACUAGGGCGACCGCGUUGAAUAAUAAUAAUAGUUCAAUUUGUAACGCGCGCAAAUUUGCAGACGUAGUGGCCGCAACUCAGAGGCGCGGAGCCAAGCUCAGAGUCGCUCAAAAGCAUGAUUGUAGAGGUGAGUUUUUAAGUCUCUCUUGAAGGACGCGAUUGAGGUGAUGCUGCGAAUGUGCAGAGGGAUAUCGUUCCAGAAUGUUGGGGCUGCCAGCGAACGUCGCCACCUCGGCGGUCCUGGGGGGCACGCGCCCGUCGCCGAUUGGUGUCCUCGUGUCGUGUGAAUGUGGCAUUAUUUUUACUACAUCGGAGAGGUUCGAGCAGACAGUGUAUGCAGUAUACGGGGGUGAUCCGUUUGUAGAUACCUCACUCGCACAGCGGUGGACACGUUGUGGAGGGAAGGAGCAUUUUGAGUCCAGAGAAUCUACUCUGCACGUCUUCCAGAAGCGUAAAACCAGUGAAUAUUUCAACCGAAAUUCUAAAAAAAACCUAAAUUGUGUAAAGCCAAUAGGUAGGGUCGAUGUUCUAAAUUCGCACGUAAUUUUGUCAUCAUCAUCAUUAUUAUUUAUAUUUGGGCAGGCACACUGGAGUUCCGCUUUCUUGAUAAUUGUUUUUUACCCUUUUAUCUGGCAACAAAACUAACACCUUUUUUUACAAGGAGUCAUGUUUGCAUAGACCACAAUACCUGCAGUCAUAAUACAAACAAAAACAUAACUCUGAUAAUGUAUGCACUGUCCUUGAAGUUGAUUGGUCCACACCCGCUUUCUUGUUUUCCUUCGUUACCGUGAACGCAUCGGCGGGGUAUCUAUAGGCGGAUCGCCCUGGUCCACUCUUGGGGGUGAACGAGCAGCAGCCGCGAUUGUUCAGCUAAUCGUCGAGUUCCCGUUACCCCUGGGGGCCACUUGGCACGCGCACGUGCGCGUCGGAGCGCGACUGUCUUCUUGGCAGACUCGUGGCAUUAUAGUUGUUGUUGUUGUUUGCUAUUUGUUUUUAAAUUUGCUAGAGUGGAGACGCUUCUCGUUUUGGUGACGCCUUUCUCUGCUCGUGUGUAAUUUAUUUGUAUCCCUCUCCGCCCCCCCCCCGCCCCACCUACACUCUGAGUGGCAAUUAUUGGGUUCUGCAGAUUUGUAGGGUUGCCGCGAUAUUGUGAUGUCCCGCGAAAUCAAUAAUCAUCAUCAUCGCCAUCAUCAUUAUCAUAAUCACGCAGCAACUGCCGCUGCAGUAGUAGCAGUAGAAGCAGCAUCAGCUGCUGCAGCAUCAGCUGCUUCUGAUGCAACAAUAUCCCGGUAAACUCUGAACGUUGGGCCAACGUUGAACCGACAUUGGCACGCUUACUGCGUCUUCUAUUCACACGGCUGCUGAUGCAGCACCCGUGUUCAAUCCACUGCUGGAUGAAUGCCCCGCCUACCCUAGCCCAUGCCAUCGGCCAUCUCUCACGAUCCUGCAAUGCAAUCAGUAAUCCACCGAGCACGUUGCGACGCGGGGUGAUGCCAUUGGUUAAAUCGUACGAUAAUCGUAUCGUAUGAUAAUCGUCUCGUACGAUACAAUUGUAUCGUACCAAAAUUUCGUUGUUCGUUCGAUAUCUCGUUUUAAAAUGUGUUCUUUUCUGACAAAAUAUUGGCGAAAAUAACAAAUGGCGGUCACUCGCGUUCUAUCUAAAUCAGUGUCUCUGUCGCCCGAGGCUGUUGCAGGAGCCAAACUAAUCACUGAUCAUUGCGCUUUUAUGCGUUAUGGAUUAUUAUGCGUUUGCGUUUGGUAUCAGACUAAUAGCAACGGUUGAGGAACGUUGAAGAAAUAUCCCACUAAACUCUGAACGUUGGCCCAACGUAGAACCGACGUUGCCACCCUUACUGCGUUUUCGAUUCGGACGGGGAAGUGCGGCCGAGCAACGAAAUAUUACAAUCCAAAUGAUCGAUGCAAGUGCAGCAUUAUGGGCAGCUGAUAUCGCGAUGAUCGUCAUAUCGUGAACAUUGAUAUCGUGUCGUGAAAACAUUUUAUCGCAGCAACCCCAGCGGCUUGUGCGUGUUGCAUGCGCGUGUUGUCGAUUGAACAAGCGUCGGUGGUGGAAAUUCCACGUUCUUAUUACGGCGAGUGGCACAUCUCUCUCGUGGCCGGUGCUGCAGCUCAACUAAGCGGUACCUAUUUUAUCGACCUCGGGCAAGUGACGACGACGAUGAUGAUGAUGAGCACGUCAGCGAUCCGUCGCUUUUUGGAGGCAAGGGUUCAGACUGAGCGAUACAUUCGUGGGGGGUACACAAAGUACGAAUCCGCGUGAUCACUCGAUUUGCUUGUGGCGCAGCGCCAAACCCAUUGCGCUGUGUAACUCGGUAACCCGAGUUCGAUUCCUGACCAGGGUUAUGCAUCGGUGGCGAGUGACAUAUGAAACCGCCACGACCCUUCCACGCCCUGUUCUCUUCACGAAAACCCCGCUGACCCAACAAGCCCCCGUGACCGACACGGCGUGGAAGAGGCCUCAAUCCAGCGUUGGCUCCACAAAUAGAGCGAUGUCUGUUGUGACAGACGAAAACCGGUCGCUACCAACCACAUCAAUGUGGAAUUUCCACCACUGACCACCGUUUCACUGCGAGAAAAACAAACACGCGUCUCUCCGAUGUGUUGUCCUCCGGUUGCACCGCCUGUUGUCCGGCAUUAUGUCCGACGUUUCGCGUCACGUGCCCGGAGCUUCUUCGGGAUUUCUUGUUUGUUUCGGCGAGAUGCCCUGACGGCGUUGGCCGACAAUGUUUUGCUGGGUGCUCCUUCAACAACAACAACAAACAACAACAACAAAACUCUAAAUUUCGAUUUAAAGCUUUCGUGACUGCAGGGAUUCAUCUUCUUGGUUCUUUCGGUAAAGUCACGUAG